AUGCCCAACCGACCUCACCCUCACGUCGCAAUACCGCCUGGGGCUUCUCCGUCUGACCCUUCCUCAUCCUCCUCCUGGUCCUCCCAGCUAUAUCGAUCGCCGCCGCAAGAUUCCCGAGACCUCUGGUCCGACUAUGACUCUGCUAGAUAUUCGCCUGCUGCUUCAUCCUCCAUACCACAUAUUAGCUUGGAAGAUAGCUCUCACCCGUCAAGCCGUGCCGCUAGCUACUAUGAGCAUGACUCAGGUCAUAUCGCGUUCCCCGAACCCCAGCUCUAUCGGUCGGUUUCACAGCGGUCCUCUCUUCGCCCGAGUCCUACUGGAGUGCAUCGAGCCACCCGCAGUGAACUGACGGUUGGUACUCUGCAUCACACUGGAGAGUCGAGGCCACCUUCAUUCAUCUCUACGGAGAGCAGUCCGGACCUCGCUUACCGUGAUCUUUCUGAUGACAUUUCAAGCCUGACCGUUCAAGAGGAAAGACUUCACCACUUUCAGACCGGCCAGCUUCCCGAUGAGGACUCUCAAUGGCACCAGCUGGUACCGCGGUCAGUACGGGAGAUUCUGGAUGUGAAAGAAGUUCAAAGACAGUCAAACUUGUUCGAGAUCAUCAAGACUGAAAGAGACUACGUCAAUGAUAUGCAGUUUGUGAAGGAGGUCCUCAUUGAACCCCUGCUGAAUACCUCGCCCGUCCCGCAACACCGUCUAAGCGGCUUCGUAUCUGAGGUUUUCCACAAUCUCGACAUGAUACAGACCAUCCACCAGCGGCUGCGUGAUGACCUGUUCGCUCGACAACGUGACCAGCAUCCCCUUAUCCAAAGCAUCGCUGACGUCAUUCUUGCCAAUAUCCUUGAUUCACAGCAACUCUUCCGCAGCGAGUACGAGAAGUACAUCAAACAUUGGCCUCUGGCGCGAGCUCGCCACUCAGCAGAGUAUAAGCGUAACUCAAAGUACCAAUACUUCCUCCAGCAAUGCUACCAGGACCCCCGCUUGCUCAGACGAGACCUGCCCUCGCUGUUGUCUCGUCCUGUUACGCGGCUUCCGCGCUUGAAAUUUCAGCUUGAGGAUGCACUGAAGCAUACGGCACCGGAUCACCCAGACAUUGACGCGAUCCCCCCGAUCCUGGAUGUACUCAAUGACCUGAUCAAGAGCACGCAACCAGGUAUUGAAGUGUCCGAGGGCAAAGUACACUUCUGGGAGUUGUGCGAGAGCCUGGUCUACCAACAGGGGGAGAUCAUAGACUUGGACCUGUAUGAUGAGGCCCGCACUUUGAUCUAUUCAGGCCCGCUUUCACGACGCUACCGAUCUGAGAUGGGAUAUAGCUGGGCUAAUUUGCACGUAGCGCUUUUGGACAACUAUCUGCUUCUUUUAAGACCGGACCCAAGAUCGAGCGGGAGUACGAAGCACUCAGUUGUGUCGCGGCCCAUUCCACUUGAAUAUCUUCGCCUUGCCACGUUCUCCAGUCCUCCAGAGAUCCGCAAGGAGAAGAUUACAAAUGGCACCAUUUUCGACGCCUUCCGCAACAUCCAAAAACCAAUGUAUCCAUUCACCAUAUACCAUGCUUCCGCGAAGAUGAAUAGAAGAUAUACUCUAUACGCCGAUAGUGAAGAGAUACGGCAGGAGUGGCAUGCAUUAUUGGUGGAUGCGUUGGGUGUUCGGAAGGUACAACAAGAAGCCAACAUGUGGUUUGCCCCUCAUGUGGUCAGCGAGGGCUUUUUCAAAGAUCCUAGGACACUGUACACCCCUGGAGAAUUCACUGGCAAGGCUGUCACCGCAGCACCAUUCUCUAGCGGUGGCAGGAAUCUUCUCGCUGUAGCCUGCACAACGGGCGUUUACGCUGCAGUCAGAGGCGAAGCCGGCUUUCGAAAGGUCCUCAAUUUGGGGAAUGUCUCUAGCAUGGUCCCUCUCCCUAACCUUAAUAAGAUGCUUGUGCUCUGCGACAGUGGCCUCUCUGCAUACUCUCUGGAUCUCUUCGGGCGUGCAGGACUUGGCAUCUCCUCCCCACAGCAUGUCGAAGCCACUUGGGAACCAAUAGCUGGGCAGGAUAGUACAGUGUUAUUCUUCCGUGCUGGUAAACUUGGCCAUCGUACAAUGAGCAAGUUACUAUAUGUGUCGAAAAGCCUGCUUCAUCAGGUUCAUUUCCACGCAUUGGAAGUCUUGCGCGCGCCGGAUGGAACUCUGAGUCCUCGACGCACCAGCACGGGGCUUCUGUCGACACUUCAAUAUCGCACGUUCGGCGAGCCACUUGUGAUACCGAAAGACGUGUAUGCUAUCACCUCGCUGAAUAGAAGUAUCGGCAUAUGCACAGACAAGGGCAUAUGGAUCGUCGACCCAACAAAUCCAAAUACGACCGGCGCAAGUCCCACCAUAAUUCCGAAAUUCCAUGGUGCUGAGAGUAAUACGCCACUGAACACCCUCAAGUCACGAUGCGCAUCGGCUAAGCCGCUGGGUCUGGUGCGAUCUCGCGACGACGAGAUCUUAGUUGUUUAUGACGAACUCGGCUGUUACGUCAAUAAGCACGGCAUACCCAGUCGCUCCUCUGGCUACCUACGUUGGGAGUCUAAAGCAACUGCCUUCGCGCAUCGAGGAGAUCAUAUCCUUCUUUUCUCUUCCGACUUCAUCGAGGUACGGAAGUUGCAAACGGGAAAACUGGUGCAGGUAAUCGAAGACGAGGACAUCCGAUAUGUCUACCAAGGACUGCUUGCCACCGAGAACCCGAUACUCGUCGCGAUGAAGGGACGGGAGGAGCAGGCUUUCGUGAAUGACAGGAUCAUUGAACUUAUCGAGACGGCGGAGAUUACGACACCAAAGACCGCCUCAAUACCCGCGGUGUGGGAUGAGUGGGAUAUGUAG